UGGCAGCCUAGCAUGCGAUUGAACCGCGCUAUCUCUUUUUUUUUAACCCGUGCAGUAGUGGUGUGUUGAGUGAUUUUAAAUCGCAGCCAUGGUGCGUAUGAACGUUCUCGCUGAUGCUCUCAAAAGCAUCAACAAUGCAGAGAAGAGAGGCAAACGACAAGUCUUGCUGAGACCCAACAGCAAAGUCAUUGUCAAAUUCUUGACAGUGAUGAUGAAGCAUGGAUAUAUUGGUGAGUUCGAAAUUGUUGAUGACCACAGAAGUGGAAAGGUUGUUGUCAACCUUACUGGCCGUCUUAACAAAUGUGGUGUUAUCUCACCAAGAUUUGAUGUGCCAAUUAAUGACAUCGAAAAGUGGACAAACAAUCUGCUCCCAUCCAGACAGUUUGGUUAUGUCGUGUUGACCACAAGCGGUGGCAUCAUGGACCAUGAAGAAGCCAGAAGGAAACAUCUUGGUGGCAAAAUCUUAGGAUUCUUCUUUUAAGUCUAUUUUAUACUAAUUUUAAAAUUAGUAUUGACAUUGAUAUGUUAUCGAAGGCAUAAAUAAAUGUCAGUACUUCAAAAAA